CUAGGAGAUUACACUCUAGCAGUAUAAUUACAGAGUUUGUGCCUAGAAGCCGGCAGUGUUAUGAUACCAGUUGGAUAAGAGCCAAAGAGUGAUGCCUUUGUGAGGGAAAAUGUCAUUACUGGCAGGAGCAACACUAUCGCUGAGCUAUUAUAUUUUUUUAUUGUCAGCUCCGUUCCCCAUCUGUAGGGUUUGUUUCCCCUUAGGGCUCAUAUAUGAUGUAGGAUUUAGCUACAUUACAGUCAACGCCUUCCCCUCCCCAUAGAUCCUGGAAAGUUCUUUAACAAGCUUCCACUCGGGAGUCCAGUUUCGGCCGUCUCCAUGGCAAUGAUCCAGAGGUCCACAAUGGCGAGCUGGAAAUAGAGCACUGAUAUUGGAGAGCCUCGUGCCUCUUUGUUUUGGAGGCCCCUGGAUAACUCCUACUGACUCCUAACUCCUUCUGCCCACCGGCCCUGAUUUACCCAUUCAGCCAUGAGUUCUAAACUGGUACAGGCUAUAGAGACGCUGAUCUCCGUCUUCCACACCUACUCCGGACGGGAAGGAGACAAGUGCAAACUGAGCAAAAGGGAAAUGAGGGACCUGAUACAGAACGAGCUUGCAGAGUAUCUCGAGACCCAGAAAGAUGCCAUGCCCGUGGACAAGAUCAUGAGCGAGUUAGACGAGAACGGAGACGGCGAGGUGGACUUCCAAGAAUUUGUGAUCCUGGUGGCGUCCCUGACCGUGGCGUGUAAUUCUUUCUUCAACCAGGAAAACUGACACUGUUCGGGGGUGGGAGUGGGUUGGGGCUCUCUGCCAGGACAUGAUGCAUGCUGGGAUACCACAUCAUCAUAGAACCUUUGUUUCUGAUUAAACAUGACAAAUACACUGUU